GGUUCACGCUCUGCGUGGUGACGUCACGCGCCUGCGUGAUGACGCAAGCACGCGCCGUAAGUGUACGUGUAAAAACAUGGCGGCUGCAGUAGUUGGCAGUUGUCACUGAGCAGCCUGAUCAUCCGGCGGGUCCUGCGGCACGCUGACCCGGGACUGCGUCCUCUCCUCCGGCCAGAGUUCAGAGUGAAGCCGCUGCUGUUUAUCUGAGACUCGUAUGAAGUGAUUCUCUCUCGUGUUUAGGCUCCGAAGGCGCAGAGAUGGAGGAUGAGGAGCGGCGGAAGAAACUGGAGGCCGGGAAAGCCAAGCUGGCGGAGUACAGACAGAGGAAGGCUCAGAGUGAUGGACAGAAGAAGAAGAAAAAGAAAAAGCAUAAAGAAUCAGAACAGCAUGAAGGAGAAGAGGAGAGUGGAGAGAGAAAAGCAGUAUCAGCUACAGAACUGUCCUUUUCCAGAACUCUCCACAGUGGAGAAACUGUUCACCAUGAACACACAUAUACAAUAGAGCCUGAGAGUGAAAUUUCUACCACAGCAGAAGAUUACUCCUCUGAGGUGAAUGGUCAUGAGAUGGCUGAGAUAUCGCAGGACGUUGGGGAGGAGGAGGAGGAGCUCUAUGCUCCCAGCAGAUUACAGGAGAUGGAGGAUGAACUUGCUGCGAAAAACAUGGCAGUGGAGGAACUGAGCCAAGAGCUAGAAGACAUCAGAUCUGCGUUUGGAGCUGAAGGAGUACAGCAGCUCCAGGGCUUUGAGGCAGCACUGAAACAGAGAGACGGCAUCAUCACACAGCUAACGGCGAACCUGCAGCAGGCUCGGGCUGAGAAGGACGAGGUGAUGCGCGAGUUCCUCGACCUCACGGAAAAAAGCCAGAAACUCCAGAUCCAGUUUCAGCAGCUGCAGGCCGGUGAGACGUUAAGGAGUUCCAGUAUCAGCAGUGCUGCUGUGGAUCGCCUGCAAGCUCGACAGCAAGUCCUGCUUCAUCAGCAACAGCUAGAGGAAAAAGAAUCAACAGUCAGAAGUCUCCAGGGGCAGUUAGAGAAAAGGGAUGGAAUAAUCAGAGGUCUACAAGAGCAGCUAGAAGAUAGGGACAGAAAGAUCACAGGUCUCCAGGGGCAAACUGAGGAGAUGAAUGGAAAGGUCAAACAUCUUCAGGAGCAUCUACAGGAGAGUGAGGACAAGGUUAGCUGCCUCCAGGAGCAGAUAUCACAAAUGAUGCAGAUGCAACAAGGGAUGAGUGAACCUGAGCUGGUUUCACGUGCUUCAGAAGAAUCUUUUCUCCAGAGACGUCAGGACUUGCAGAUAAAGCAACAGGAAAGACUAAUACAAGAGCAGCAACAAUCAUUAUCCCAGCUCCAAGAACAUCUCCAUGAAUCUGAGCUGCGUUUCGGCAACAUUAGUGAACAGCUGGAGGUAAAGGUCCGUGACCUACAGGCUUGUGAGGCAGAGCUCCAUGCUUCCAAGCAGAAGGAGCGACUUUCAUCAGGAGAAAUCUUGCAGCUGAUGGGCACUGUGGAAGUCCUUCAGAAACGUUACCAUCAAGGGAACCAGUCAGAAGUUGAGGUUCUCCAGAAGGCAGAGCAAGAUACUACUUGCAGGUUGGACCACUUGAGAGCAGAACUGGAUGAGAUGUAUGGACAGCAGAUUGUUCAGAUGAAACAAGAGCUUCUUGCUCGGCACAAGGAAGAGAUGGCGAUUACAGUUGAUCAGCAUUCCACAGAACUGAAAAAAGUCUUGGACCAGCAUCGCCUUGAAACUGAGCGAUUAACAUCUCACUUGACUCAAAGCACAGGAGAAGUCAAUGCUCUGAACGUCAGGGUGAUUGAACUCCAGCAACGGCUGCAGGAAAUGCAGGUCCUGCGAGAAAGAGCUGAACAUGAUCUCACACAAACAUCUGAGGAAAAAAUCUUCCUGCAAAACCAGGUGCAGCAGCUCACACAUGACUUGCGCUUAAAGGAUCAGGAGAAGAGCCAAUCGGAGGUUCAUCUCGAGCUUCGUACUAAGAUCACUGACCUUCAGGCUCAGCUAGCAUCUGUUCAGGAAGCUACAAGUGAGCUGGAGGCCAAGCAUGAAUCUGAGAUUACCAACUACAGAAUCAAGCUGGAGAUGAUGGAAAGGGAGAAGGAUGCAGUACUUGAUCGCAUGGCCGAGUCACAGGAAGCUGAACUUGAACGCCUUCGCACGCGGCUGCUGUUCAGUCACGAGGAAGAACUUUCUAGACUUCGUGAGGACCUUCAGCAUGAGAGUCAGAUGAACGUGGAUAACCUCCGGGUUGAGCUCAUCCAGCGACAUGAGGAGUCUGUGCAAAAACUCUGCAGUGGGUAUGAGGAGCAGAUAAGGAUCUCUGAGGAUGAAAGAUUGAUUCUAGCAGCAGAAAGCAGCUCACUGCUGCAGGAGAUCGUCACACUGAAACAUGACCUUAGCCAAGCACUGGAGAAAUCUCAGGCAGAGGAGCUGCUCUCACAGCUGAAGACGCUACAGGCAGAGAUUCAGGAGCUAAGGCAGAAGCAAAGUGAGAAGGUUGAACCUGAUGGGGUACAAUUACAGCUGACAGGGGAACCUGAGCAGAGCUGGGAGAAGAUAGAAUGUGAAAAUAAACUUCUGAAAGAAUCCAAUGCUUUCCUGGCUGAAGAGCUGAAGUCUCUUGAGCAGGAACACAAGAUGCUGAUUAAGAAAAUGGAUACACUGAUUUCAGAGAACAGACAAGCCAAUGAGAUGGCUGAAGAAUUAAGAGCUGAAAUUGAGAGGCAGAAAAGCACCUUCUCAUUUGCAGAAAAGAACUUUGAGGUGAACUACCAGGAGCUGAGAGCAGAGCUGGAAGAAAGGCUUCGAGAACAGAUGCUGCAGUAUGAGAUGAAACUUGAAAUUCUAAAGUCUGAAAUGGAACAUGAAUCCAUCCAGAGUAGGAAAGAAAAGGAUGAAGAACCAGAAGGAGGAACAUUAGUGGAAAAAGACACAGCAGAGUUGAUGGAGAAGCUUCAGAGUGUGGAGUUGGAGAGAGCGGGGCUAGUGCAGCAGGUGGACCAGAAAGAGACUGAGAUACAGAAGAUGAAACUGCAGAGUGACGAUCUAGUGUUCCAGAUUAAAAAUAUGACAGAGGAGUUAAGGAGAGCAGAAGAAGAGAAGACAGGGUUACUGGAGCAGGUGGAGCAAAAAGAGGCCAAGGUCAAGAUGGUGGAGCUAGAAAGGGCAGGGCUUGUUGACCAGUUGGUGCAGAAGGAGAUGGAGGUAAAGAGAGUGGAGCUAGAGAGAGCAGAGUUGGAAGAACGGACUGAAUUGAGAGAGCUGGAGUUAAAUCGGGUGGAGAUGGAAAAGGUAGUGCUGGUGCAGCAGGUGGACCAGAAAGGGGUGGAGCUACAGCAAAAGGAGGUGGAGCUUGAAAGGAUAAAGCUGGAGAAGGCAGCACUGAGGCAGCAAAUGGACCAGAAAGAGGUGGUUCUACAGAAAAAAGAGUUAAAAGUUCAGGAGAUCAUAUUGGAGAAGGCAGAGCUAGUGCAGAAGCUGGACCAGAAAGAGGCAGCGCUACACCAAAAGGAGUUUGAACUUCAGGAGAUCAUAGCAGAGAAGGCAGAGAUGGUACAGCAGGUAGACCAGAAAGAGGUUCUGCUGCAAGAAAGAGAGGCAGAACUAGAGACGAUGGCAGAAAAGGAGGCAGUGGUGGAACAGAAAGAGGUAGUGCUGCUGCAGAAGCUGGGGAAGGUGGAGCUCACAGACCAAGUUCGAGGAAAGAAGGCAGGCAGGAAGGCAAGACACAAGACCAGCAGGGUCAAAGGUUUAAAGACCAAACUGGACACUAAAAAACAAAGUCAGCUCCAGACUACAGUUUCUGAGGUGGACCUUCAGGGAGCGCAGGGAGGUGAGACUGAGCAGAUGUUGGCUCUGCCCCUUUCCAAGGCUGUGGAGGAGGAGAAGGAGGAGGAAGAAGGGGAGGAGAGAGUGAGAGAGACUGAUUUCUGUGUUGUACAUCGCAGUGAUGGUGUGAAGCAGAAAACACACACUCGCACUGAGAUUGGUGCUGCUGCAGCGACAUACACUCACACACACACUCGCGCACACACACACCCUCAGUCUGCUGCAACAGCGACGCACACACAGAGAGAGAAGCCUGAGAACGACUCAGAGAAACAGCUGGAGAACCAAUAUGGAGAGACAGACUUGGCCCCUACAGUGACACACACAGACAACAUGGAAGGUUUUGAACACGAGGAGUGUAGGCUGCAGAUGGAGGCCCAGCGUAUCAGCCUGUCUCAGAUUCAUGCUGCUCAGUUAGAGCUGCUCAAAGAGAGACUGCCUGAGUGGGAGGAUCCUGGGAGACAAGGCGGGGCUACAGCCUGCAGCCCCUCACUGAGCUCCAUCUCCAAGGGCUGCACACACCUCCUCCAGUUGAUAUCUGGUGUGUGUGGAGUUGAUGCUGUGGCUGUGACAGACGAACAACUACAGAAUCUCCAGCCUUCCACCAUCAGAGAGAUCAUAGACACAACUCAAGAUGUAUACCGUAAGCUGCAGCAGUUGGAUAUGGGUGUUUUGUCUUUACACACUGGUCUUACAGUAUCACUGAGUGAGGAUGUGAAAGAGACGGUGUUUGAAGAUCAUGCAGUUAGGACUGAAGAUGGCCACAUAUCCACACUCAGCGACCUUCAGAAGGAUGUGAAGCAGAAGCUGGAGCUUCAGGAGGAGCAGCACAGGCAGGAAAUUAAGUAUCUAAAGAGUUUCUACAGCGAGCAGAUCAGAGAAAUGGAGGAACGCUACACCAACGAGAUCCUUCUCCUGCAGGAUCGACUUAAGGACAGGACUUCUGCACACACCUGUCCCAGCAUGUCGAAUAUUUCUGAAUGCUCACUGGAACAGCAGCUUCAGGUGCAGCAGUGUGAAAUGGAGGAGGAGAUUGCAAGGGUAAUUGUGCAGAUGUCUGUGGAGUUUGCUAAACAGAGUGAGAUAAAUCGCAUUAACCUGCCGAGUGAUGGAGAGAGAGAGCAGGACGAGCGCAGUGAGGAGUUACUGCAGGGGGCAGAGUUUAAACGAGGGACUGAGAGAAGAGGAGGAGUGGCGCGAUGGUAUCCCAGCACACAUUGCAGCAGCACACAGACAGAAGGGCGGUGGAAAAGUGGAGAAAGGGAUGAGGACAAGGAUGAGAAGAGAGAGAGGACAACGGAGAAGGACGAGUGUGUGCAGGAGGAAGUGGUGGUGACAUCACAGCUGACACCAGCACACACACAGGAGAGCAUGAAUCAUUUGCUAAUGGACUUGUUAAAGAUGGCUGCCCAAAUGGAGGAGAUUAGCGGAGCUCCGCCCAUCCCCCACCCAGGAGGCGGGGCUGAGACAGACACCUGGAGCCCGUUGUCAGGGGCAGCAGACGCUGACGAGGGGCUGGAGAUGUCUCAGGGGGCGGGGUCUAUGUGGAGUGUUAGCUCCAGGCUGCAGAAGUCGGUGGAGACGCUCCUCCUCACCCUGAGCGAGACACAAUCACAGGUACGGCAAUCACACAGGGACAAAACACUCACACCCCUGACUCCGCCCGCUGUCACCACACAACUCUGGCAGCCAAUCAGAGUGCAGGACUUUAUUCUGAAAUCACUGACUUAUUCUUUUCUUAAUGUAUUUAUGGUGGGAAGAGUCCCCGGUUGCCAAUGGAUACAGUGGGAUUUGCAUAAAACCUGUAUUGUGUAUGCGAUUUUAGUGUGUGUGUGUGUGUGUGAGAGAGAGAGAGAGAGAGAGAGAGAGAGAGAGAGAGAGAAACACAGUAGUGUGUGUGUAAAGAGAGAAACACAGGUCUCCACACAUGAGCACAUUUCCCUGGGACUGGAAACGACUCGGCUCUCUAACGCUGUUAAGAUGUCUUCAGAGCUGUAUGGGGACUCUGAAGGGGGGGUGGGGGUGAGGGGAUUAGUGUCUCCUGAGUCUCUGCCCUGGCGUGCUGUAUUUAGUGUUUGGGAGGGUUUGAUUGAUGGGUAUUCAGGUGAGAGGCGGGCCUUUGAGGAUCAGGUGCGUGAGGGGGCAGUCCUGCAGCAGCAGCUGGAGGCGGAGCUUCAGAUCACCAACAGCCGACUUCAGGAACUACAACAAGAAAAACAGGAAGUCACUGACCAGCAGGGUCUGUUACUACGGCAACAAAAUGCCACAAUGGGCGGAGCCACAGAGGCAGAGCUAAGCCUGGUUGAGGCUGCAGUAGAUGCUGCACCUGAGACAGGACUUCUGGAGGAGACAGAAAAGCUUAUGCAAGAGAAGGUCGAUGUUCAACGUCAGGCCCAGAAGGAUCACUUAAAGCUUCUGGAGCAGGUAAAACAGUUAGAGGCGGAGCUUGAGGAGCAGGUGAGAGCCAUAACCAAGCUGGAGGAGACUCACCUUUCCGAGAGCGCUGACCUUCGGCAGCAGAUCUAUGCGCUUGAAAAACAGCUGGAGAACAAUCGGCGUUUCCUGGAUGAGCAGGCUGCAGACAGAGAGCAUGAGCGAGAUGUGUUUCAGCAGGAGAUUCAGAACCUGGAGCAGCAGAUAAAGAGCAGCAGUAAACCUCAGGCUGACCACAGAGAGGUGGAGGAGCUGAGCGUGGCCCUGCAGGAGAAAUCGGAUUGGUGCAGUGAGCUCUUGUUGCGAGUAGAGCAGCUGCAGAGGGAUGUACGAGAACGUGAUGAGGAGAUCGAGAGGCAGGAGGAACGUGUGAGGGGUCUGGAGGAGGUGCUUGUAUCCCACAACAACCGCGACAUCACACCAACCAGGGAGGACAGUAAGCAGUAUGCCUCUAUGGAAGGCGGGGCUGAUGCCAACCUGGAGGCUUUACUCCAGACCGAGAAAGAGGCACUGGACAGGAAAGAGAAAGAGAUCGUUAAUCUUGAGGAACAGCUGGAGCAGUUCAGAGAUGAGCUCCAGAAUAAGAGUGAGGAGGUUCAGCAGCUCCACAUGCAGCUGGAGAUCCAGAGGAAGGAGAUCAGCACACAGCAGCAGGACCUUCAGGCCCACAGCAGCUUACACAUGGUCUUGGACGAGAAGAACAGGCAAAUUACUCUUCUUAAUGAACAGAUUGCUAAACAUCAGCUUUCGGAAACCUCAAGUCCUGAACACAAGGAGGUGGAGGUAAAGACCUGCAGGUGCGAGCUGGAGUCUCAGGUCGAGUAUCUCCGUGGAGAACAGGAGCGUCUCAAACGACAAAGCGAGGAAGAAGUGGAGCAGCUAAACUCUGUAAUCGAGAAACUUCAGCAGGAACUUUCUAAAAUCGAGCACAAUCAAUCUGCUGAGGAGGACGAUGAUGAUGAAGACCAACAUAAUGAACUAAAACAGAAAAUGGACCAAAUUCAGACAGAGCUCGACACCCUGAAGGAAGACCACUCCUCACUGCUCAGCAAAUACGGAUCCCUGCAGGAGGAAAGAGAAACCAAAGAAGAAAGGAGAACCAAUGAGAUGCUACUUCUUGAACUUGAAGACAUGUUGAGGGAGAAGACUGCAUCGUUAUUGGUGGCGCACGUUCAGAUCCGAGCUUUGGAGGAAAGUGCCACCUCCACAGUGAGAGCUUUAACUUUGCAAGUGGCAGAACUAGAAAGUAUUGAAGAGAGAGAGGUGGAGCUGAGAGACUGCAGAUCUGAGGUGAAGAAAGCACAAUGUGAAGAUGAAGCCCUCCAUCUAAAGAUCUCCCAGCUGGAGGAACAACUGAAAGAGAAUGUAGACACUUUGAGCCAGUUGGUCAACCAAGAGAAACUCGAAAGGAACCUCCAGACCAAAAAGCAGGUCAUUGAGAACGAGUUUGGAUUAAAGAGGGAACAUGAAGAACUUCAGGCGUUGGGGUUAAAGCAGCAGGGUGAGAUUGUGCUGGAUGAGAAGAAGGAUGAGGCAGAGGUAAAGUCAAAGGUCAUCGCUGAAGGAAAGCUGGAAUUAAAGGAUAUUGAAGCCAUUUCUGGAUUUACAGAACCAAUCUUAAAAAUGGAGGUGGAGCAGUGUGCAGUGGAGAACUUGGUCCUCCUUAUGGAAAAGAUGAGAAGCCUGGAAGUAGAACUCCGGUCCAUGCUGAAGGACCAAGAACUUCAGAAAUAUUUGCUUGUCAGUUCAGUGGAGGAAGUUGAAGAGUAUGAGAACCUACAGAGGAAACUCAUGGAGCUGCUCGAACAAAUGAGAACAACACCUACAUCUCCUUCAGGGCAGCUUGGGCUGUUUGCAUGGUCUUGGACGAGAAGAACAGGCAAAUUACUCUUCUUAAUGAACAGAUUGUUAAACAUCAGCUUUGAAACCUCAAGUCCUGAACACAAGGAGGUGGAGGUAAAGACCUCGCAGGUGCGAGAGCUGGAGUCUCAGGUCGAGUAUCUCCGUGGAGAACAGGAGCGUCUCAAACGACAAAGCGAGGAAGAAGUGGAGCAGCUAAACUCUGUAAUCGAGAAACUUCAGCAGGAACUUUCUAAAAUCGAGCACAAUCAAUCUGCUGAGGAGGACGAUGAUGAUGAAGACCAACAUAAUGAACUAAAACAGAAAAUGGACCAAAUUCAGACAGAGCUCGACACCCUGAAGGAAGACCACUCCUCACUGCUCAGCAAAUACGGAUCCCUGCAGGAGGAAAGAGAAACCAAAGAAGAAAAGGAGAAGACCAAUGAGAUGCUACUUCUUGAACUUGAAGACAUGUUGAGGGAGAAGACUGCAUCGUUAUUGGUGGCGCACGUUCAGAUCCGAGCUUUGGAGGAAAGUGCCACCUCCACAGUGAGAGCUUUAACUUUGCAAGUGGCAGAACUAGAGAAAGGUAUUGAAGAGAGAGAGGUGGAGCUGAGAGACUGCAGAUCUGAGGUGAAGAAAGCACAAUGUGAAGAUGAAGCCCUCCAUCUAAAGAUCUCCCAGCUGGAGGAACAACUGAAAGAGAAUGUAGACACUUUGAGCCAGUUGGUCAACCAAGAGAAACUCGAAAGGAACCUCCAGACCAAAAAGCAGGUCAUUGAGAACGAGUUUGGAUUAAAGAGGGAACAUGAAGAACUUCAGGCGUUGGGGUUAAAGCAGCAGGGUGAGAUUGUGCUGGAUGAGAAGAAGGAUGAGGCAGAGGUAAAGUCAAAGGUCAUCGCUGAAGGAAAGCUGGAAUUAAAGGAUAUUGAAGCCAUUUCUGGAUUUACAGAACCAAUCUUAAAAAUGGAGGUGGAGCAGUGUGCAGUGGAGAACUUGGUCCUCCUUAUGGAAAAGAUGAGAAGCCUGGAAGUAGACUCGUCCAUGCUGAAGGACCAAGAACUUCAGAAAUAUUUGCUUGUCAGUUCAGUGGAGGAAGUUGAAGAGUAUGAGAACCUACAGAGGAAACUCAUGGAGCUGCUCGAACAAAUGAGAACAACACCUACAUCUCCUUCAGGGACCACGUCACCUGAACACACCUCUGAGGUGGAGAAGCUUAUUCAGGAGCUGCAGCAGGUCAAAGGUCAGUCUGAGGCUGCAACAGAAGAACUGCACAGCUGUAGAAACCAAAAUCACACUCUGCAGGAGCAGAUACAGCAUAAGGAGGAUUUGAUUGAGAAGCUACAGGAGGAUGUACUCAGGGCCUCCAUACGCAGUAGUGAAGAACACUCUACAGCAGCAGUUCAUCAGGAGCUACACAAGGUUAAAGGUCAGGCAGAGGCUAUGAAGGAGGAACUAAACAUCUGUAAAGAACUGAUCCAAAGGCUUCAGGAACAGAUUCAGUGUGGGAAUGUUGUGUUAAUGUUGAGCGAAUGUUGUGUUAAUGGUGUGGAAUGUUGUGUUAAUGGUGGGAAUGUUGUGUUGAUGUUGAGCGAAUGUUGUGUUGAUGGUGUGGGAAGAUUGUGUGGGAAUGUUGUGUUGAUGCUCUCACAGACCACGUCACCUGAACACACCUCUGAGGUGGAGAAGCUUAUUCAGGAGCUGCAGCAGGUCAAAGGUCAGUCUGAGGCUGCAACAGAAGAACUGCACAGCUGUAGAAACCAAAAUCACACUCUGCAGGAGCAGAUACAGCAUAAGGAGGAUUUGAUUGAGAAGCUACAGGAGGAUGUACUCAGGGCCUCCAUACGCAGUAGUGAAGAACACUCUACAGCAGCAGUUCAUCAGGAGCUACACAAGGUUAAAGGUCAGGCAGAGGCUAUGAAGGAGGAACUAAACAUCUGUAAAGAACUGAUCCAAAGGCUUCAGGAACAGAUUCAGGAGAGAGAGAUGACGAUUGCUCUGCUGAAGGAUCAGCUGCACAGGGUGACUGGUGAAGUGAACAGAUCUGAGUUGCUCCAGGAACUUCAGGAGGUGAAACUCGAGGCGGCUACAACUAAAGAGCAGCUUAACAGCUACACAGAGAGGAGCCUUAAACUGCAGGAGCAGAUUCAUGCUCGAGACGCAUCUAUAGCCCAGCUCAUUGAAGAACUCCAGCAGCUCCGUUCAGCUUUAAACAAAUCAGGAGAAGAGAAAGAUUCAGCUUCAUCCAGGAGGAAAAGUGGAAGAGAUCAUUACGGUAAUGUCAAAGGUGGCAGCAAUACCAAAGACAAGGACAAGCAGUCUCUCUCCAGAAAAGACUCCAGUACUCCACUGUUAGCUCCUCUUGCUCCUGCUUCUGCGAGUGUGUCCACAGUGAAUGUGGGGAUCCAGGUGGAGGGGGCGGGGUUGGGGGAGUUGGAGGAAGUGAUUAAUGAGUACACGGAGCGGAUUGGACAGAUUCGGGAGCUGCAUGCGGCCGAGAUCAUGGACAUGGAGAACCGGCACAUUUCAGAGAGCGAGAGUCUGAAGAAGGAGAACCAGAGGCUUGAACGAGAUUGUGAUACACUCCGAGAGAAAAUCAACAAACUCCACCCACUACAGGUUGUAAGAUCAGAUCACUCUGCACCUCCUGCAUUCAGAGACGGAUACACCAGCGACAGCAGCUCAGAGGUGAGCUCGGAGUUCAGGAGCACACCUGAAGGAGCACGACCAGAUGACACACACCUGCCCGACAGGAUUAAGUGUCUCCUCAGGGAGGUCCAUCAGGAGGGGAUGCAGGUUCUGUCCCUGUCAGAGAUGAGUGUGUGUGAGGACUCUGCAGACCGCAGCAGCCUGUUAGCACAAAUCACACACCUCCAAUCUCAACUCGCACAACUGCAGCAGCACACGCACAACACCCAGCAUCUCCAACACACACUGAGCAUGACAGAGACUCAGACUGGAGUUAGAGACCGAGACACAGAUGAGUGUGAAAGACUGAAGGUUGAGCUGGCGCAGGUCCAACUGGAGCUAAAGACCUCAUUGAAAACCCAACACACACACCUGAGAGAGCUCGACAUACUCAGGGCCGACGUUUGUGUGAAGGCUUCUGAGCUGGAUGCAGUGAGCGAUUGUCUGGCGGAGGAGCAGCGUCGGGCGAGAGAGCUGCAGUGGGAGGUGGAGAGAGAGAGGAGCAGGGCUGAGAGGAGGACUGAGGGACAGAUGGAGGAGCUGGAGGACAUGAGAAUCGCUUUAGAGGAGGAGAGACAGAUUUCAGCACAAAGAGAAGCAGAACUCUCCAAAUACAUAACCCUGUCCACACAGCUACAGGUCCAGUUAGAAUCUCAGAACUGUCGUCUAAAUGAGCUGAGCUCUGACCUUCAGAAGGAAAAAGAGCUAAAUGCUAAACUCCUGAAACACACACAGCAACCUAUGGAGUUGGAGGACGGCGUUCCCUCUGCAGCAGACAGUGUUUUACAGUCUCUGCAGACUCAGCUUAAGGAGAAGAACGCAACCCUGUUGGAGCUGAGGGCACAGACAGAGCAAAAGGUGCUGCAAGACCUGGAGCAGAAGCUGCAGUGGCAGGAUGAGAGGACACGCUUCCAGAGACAGGUGAAUGAGCUCCAGAGCCUGUUGGAGGGAGAGAGGCAGCGAGGGAGAGGCAUAGAAAGACAGAAGGACAGACUGGAGUGCAGAGUUUCUGAGAUGAUGGAGAAGAGCAGCCACAGUCAGGAGCGAACAGGAGACCAGAUGUUGGAGCAGAAAUCGGUCCGAAGUGUUCCUCUGGACUCCACUAGUACAGCCGUCCUAAACACUGCAGGAGAAACAGAACUCACAGACACCAACAGUGCUGUUGCAAAGCUUCAGCAAAUUGCUAACAAAAUCAACAGACUUACUGUGGAGGGUUUUGACAGAGAGAACAUCAGCUGGUUACAGAGAAACAUUCAGGAUGUUGUGUCAUUCCUGCAAAAGUUUUCCACAGCACCUCCUGCUGGCCCAGAGUGCACCACCCUGCUGACCGGAGGUUUCUCCAGUGUGUUAACAAAGCGACUGCUGCGUCAGAACGCAGAACUCACAGGUUUUGUCAGUCGUCUAACAGAAGAGAAGAACGAGCUUAGAAAUCAGAUUCUCAAACUGGAGGAGGAAAUGCGGAGACAGCGCCACCUUCAGGCCCUCAGCUCCCCCAGGCCGAGUUCAGAGGUCUCUGAGGGUGUGCUGGAGGUUCAGAAGGAGGUGUGUUUGAGGGAGAAGAGCAGGAUGGAGAAAUCGCUCCACCAGGCUGAGGUGGAGAUUUCUCGCCUUCGGGCGGAGAUUCGCUCAGACGUGGUGCGAGAUCUCAGUGGGUCUGACACAGACAGCGCCACACUGAAGAGAGUUUAUGGGAAAUACCUGCGCUCCGAGAGUUUCCGUAAAGCUCUGAUCUAUCAGAAGAAGUACCUGCUGCUCCUCCUCGGGGGGUUUCAGGAGUGUGAGGAGGCAACGCUCUCUUUGAUCGCCAGCAUGACCGGCCCAAAUGUCUACACACACACCUCCUUAUUGCAAUGUGGGAGUCACCACAGACCAGGAUACACGCGCUUCCGAUCGGCUGCUCGCGUCUGCAUCGCCAUCUUCAGAAUGCGUUUUCUGGUUCGAAGAUGGCAGAAGGUUACAGGAGGAUCAAUCAUCAACAGAAAUGGUGUAGGCCAGAGUCCAGUGAUGGAGGUGAGAAACGAGUCUCCCUACCUUCAGCCCUAUGGAGAGAGAAGAGGAACAAACAGAGGGAGAACAGGACAAGGAUCACCUCACACUACACACUGUACACAACACAGGUAUGGAGGGAUGAGUGGAGAUGGAGGAGUGUGUUCGCAUCUACAGAAUUAUGAUCCAGAUCGAGCGCUGUCUGAUUACAUCACCAGACUGGAGGCUCUGCAGCGUAGACUGGGGAGUGUGCAGUCAGGAUCGUCCUCGUACACUCAGUUGCACUUUGGAAUCAGAAGAUAGAGAUCUUCAGAAAAACACAACACAUAAAGGAACACAUAAAUCCACUCAGUUGCCUUCGAUCACGCUGAGCUGCUGUGGUUUUGUACAUAUUAUUAUUGUUGAUUCAUUAUUUUAGGGACCAAACACACACACACACACACACACACACACACACACACACACACACACACACACACACACACACAGGUGUUUGUACUUUAGGAGUGUUUUUGGUUGUGGUACUGUUCUAUGUGUUUGUGUGGGAAUGUUAAUUUAAGUUAAUUUAUAGUGUGGAUGGUGUUCAGGGUGAUUGGGUUUCUUGCUCACUGCUGCUGCUGGAUUGUGAUAACACUGAGUGUGUGUGUGUGUGUGUGUGUGUGUGUGUGUGUGUGUGUGUGAGGAGGGAGAGAAUACACACUGUUGAUUGCUGAAGCGUUACUAUUGAUAAAGCUGAUAUGACUGUGUGUGCGUGUCGUCAGUGUUAUCACACACUAACGCUGUUUUCUUAGCCGGCUCUUCAGAAGCGAACACAGAGGAUACUUUGUAGAAGACGUAUUUUUGUAACGGCAGGAGCUCGAACUUUUCUGGCAAUUUUAUUGUAAUAAAGAUGAAUCAUUUCAUUCAUAA